CGCGUACACACGCUCGUAGCAUCUACGACACUCGGGAAAGAGACAAGAGACUGGCCUGUGCUUCCUUCAGUAGCAGCGUUCGGCCAUCAAUCAGACAAGAUCGACUCGACCAGGUUGACCCGGGAGGGCUCGGGCUUCCUGCAGAUUGUCGAAUGACAUCGGGCGAAAUCUGUUGCGCCGCGGACAACUGGAUCUGACGUUCUUUAUCCUGUGCUAGAGCCCCCCAAUCCAGCGGCGGCGGCGGCGGCGGCAGGCAAAUGUCCGCAACGACAACGGCGACCUCAGCCUUAGGUGAGUGCGGGAGGAGGAGGGUCGCGGUGAGGCUGGCCUUCCUCUCCGCGGUCGUCCUCAGUGUGGUCGUGGCGCUAGUCGUGGUGGAGGUCGGGGUUAGCCUCCGCUGGAGCAGCAGCAGCAGCGGCGCGGGCGCCGCUUUUCUCGCCGACAAGGCUGCCGGCGGUGGGGACGGCGGCGAGGACGCCGCCACCACCGCCGUUGGAGGGGCGGAGAGCGAGGACGCUUCCCCCGGUGGGGAGGGCGUGGGAGCCAAGCGGGCGUAUGCGGUGGCGUUCCCGGAUGUUCGCGACCCCCUCGUGCUCGAACGGGCUCGGGCGCUGAGGAAUUCCCUAGGGGCGCUGAAGAGUGACGACGAAGAGAUCGUUGCGAUCGUGCGGCGGUACUCCGGAAAGCAGCUCGUGUCCCCCCUGACAGAUGCCGGAUACAGAGUUCUCCUGCGAGACACGCCUGCCCCACCUUGGCGAACGAGCGGGAGAUUCGUGCAGCAGGCCAUGGCGGCGACCGGAGCGGGGUGGGGGAGCGAAGGUGCCGACGACGGUGUUAGUGGUGGUGGUGGUAGUGGGCACGGCUGGAAUCUGCUAGCGCUGGAGGCUCUGUCACUAACGGAGUACGAAGAGGUUGUCGUCCUGGACCAAAAGAUGGUUAUUUUCCAGGCUGCGGAGCAGCCGCCGCGGAGAGCUUUAAUUGGCAGCGACGGCGGCGGCACCAGCAUUCCGCAUGAGGCGCAAGUAUCAGGAGGACAAGCGCCUGGGCGAGAGGGCGGGAAGGGCGAAGAGCACCGGGGGCAGGGCCGCUGGAGGUUUCUUAGCAGUGACGGCGGAGGCGGUGGGGAACAAGGGGGCUCCGAGUCGGCCACGGCGGAUAAGCUGCCGCCGUUGUUGCCGGAGGGAGACGGCUGGACGAUUGGAUUUGCGGCGGGGGACAAGUCGGCUUUCGCAUCGGGGCCAGGAGUGAACAGCUUGUCACAGGCCCAUCGCGACCUCUUUUUCGGGCAGCACGCGGCCCUCAUGACCGUGCGCCCGAACGCCGAGCUCUACGACGAGAUUUCGCACCUCCUCUGCAAGGGAGACGGUCUUUUCGACGAGGCGUUCCCAGGGCGAUCGGGCGAGAGGUACGGCGAUCGUCUGAAGCGGGACAACGCGUUGUCGGUUAAAGCACCGACCACGCCGCUGCUGCACCUUGCGGUCGCCAUGGCCUCGCCGAGAGAAACCACCGCGCAGGUACCGCUUGUGAUUUGCGGUGGCGGCAUCGAAGCUGCUGCUGGUGAGAUGGAAUGGAAGUGGACUGGGGCUGCGUUGCCAGUUGUGUGGUGUCCCUCUUCUGCACCCUUCCGGCAACGCCGGCGCCGUCGGCUCGGCCAACAAGACGCCGAGCCAGCCGGAGACCGCGGCGCAAUGUCCGUCUCGGGGGCGGCAGCGAGGAGCUUCGCCACGGCCUCCCUCGAGAGGAAUACGUUGGGUAGAAGCGGUAGCCGCUCCGAUGAUGCGGGAAGGGUGACCGAUUUCGAUGUUCGGGGGGACGGGGGGCGCCGAGGUCGCUGGGAUAAGACCGAGGAGGGCAGCUUUGCCCCUGCCAUUGCUGACGCAACUGCUGCUGUCGAGGUGCCCGAUGACCGGGGCAGGGAGGAGCGCUCUCUAGCUGGCACCGGGAGGUUGCGCAGUGCGCCCAAGAGCGGGGGGUUGUUGAGAGAACGGGGAGGGGCACGCGGCAUCGGCAGGAGAAGACUGGACGGGAGUGACGGCGGCAAUAGCGGCGAUGGCGGAGAGGACGGAGAUUCAGCACAAAGGCGAGGAGGGGAGGAAGGGGCAGGGGAGGAGGUUAAGGAAGACGGGGGCGAGGAGGGGGAGACGAAGGAGGAACGUCAGAAGCAAGAGGGAGAGGGAGAGGUUAAAAUUGGCGAUAGUAAUAGGGUAGGUAACGCAGUCAGGCUGGCGUGGAUCCCGGCGGACCCCUGUUCGUGCACGGAUGCCCCCGGCGCGGUCGGGGAGGCCUGCCGCGGCUGGCUGAUGGCGCGGGCUGCUGGUCCUCCUUCUCGGCAUUCUCGAGGCGACGGUGAAGCGCAAGCACCAUCGGAGGAUGGCCUACCCGUAGCGUUGUCCGUCUGCAAGGACGGAGCAUUUGAGUCUCCGUUGCCGCUUCCUGCGGUACGGGAGGAGGAAGCUGCUCGUGCCGCGCAGGGCGCGGGUGCUUCCUACUCCGCACGGCGUUCGCCCGACGGAGGGGGGGGCGCGGAUGAGAGCCUGCUAUCUGCGUUGCCCCCCCCGCCGCCGUUGUGGCAGGAGGUGAAGCCCGAGCAAAAGGCGGUGGUCACACAGAAUGACCUGGACAGCUUCCAGCACUUUUGGCUCGCGAACGUGGAGCAUAAGGUGCUCAUGGUGGCCAUCCCGAAGGUGGCGUGCACCCAGGUCCAUGCUUUGUUCCUCCGCCUGCAGGGAUCCGAGAACUGGGACACUCAGCGCAUGGAAGAAAUCCAUUAUCACAAGGACAUGGACAAGUACAAGUUGAGCACGAUGCCGAACAUGCCACCCGGGAGGGCCUCCGCGAUCCUCAACGACCCCACGUGGACGAAGGGGGUGUUCUUGAGGGACCCCGCGGAGCGGCUGCUCUCCUGCUUCCUGGACAAGGUCGUGCACAGGAGGUCGUACAGCGUCAACGUCUUCAAAGCCGAAGAGGUGCUUUCGUUCGAGAAGUUUGUUGACCUCACCUCCAAGACUGCGAAAGCCAGGCUUCAGCAGGACUACCCCGGGGGCAACCUUGGCCUGACCAGACGAAGCAACCCGCAUUGGAGACCCCAGUUGUUCUUCGGGCUGGACAAGUUCCUCCCGUACUUCGAUUUCGUGGGAGACUUCAAGCACGUGCAGGAGCACUCGGAGGAGUUCCUGAAGCGAGCCGGGCUGUGGAAAGAGUUCGGCGCUUCAGGUUGGGGCCGUUGGGGGCAAGCGGCGUUCUUCCAGAGGUCCACCGUCCGGGGCCACGCCACUGGGAGCCAUGACUCCUUUGGGCAGUACUACACACCCGAACUGCUGGCUUCCGUGCGAGAGGCAUACGCCGACACGGACUACAAGCUGCUGGCCAGCCUUGGGUGGUGGAACGAGACCGCGAUUUCACCGCUUCCGCCGUGAACAUACGCGAAACGCGAAUUAUAGUAUAUGCAGGUUUUCUGUUGGUCAACAACGCUGCCACUUUGAAAUCUGAUUGGCCUAAGGUACUCAUGCUUGGCAUGCCUUAGGUUGGACUAUUGACCGCGCGUCCUCGAGAGGACGCGGCAUUGGGGUGAAUGUGGGGAUGUUUGUUAGACCUCGUGUUGGUUGUGGAGCUGUUGUCGAUGACCAAUAAAUUCAACCUUGUUGAUACCUGCCACCACGUGGGUUGGUUUUGGGAACGCUGUUGUAGGCGCUGGACAUUGAAUGAUGGAGCGCGUUUCGUGCCAGAGACGCGAGUCAACGCGCGUUGUUUGCAGGGCAGAGGGAAUCCCGAUUCUCCCGUGUCCUUCUGUGGCGUCUAGUUGUGUUUCCUACAGCGAGCAGCCCUCAUGUGCAAUCCGCUAGCCCCCGUCGCGUGCUACUCUACAACUUCCUGCCCUAAGUUGUUGUUGUUUUUGUUGUUGUUUCUCACAUUAGCUCUAUAGUCCACAAAAAAUGGGGAGCCCGUGGUCUCAAAACCCGGCACAUACGACGCCGCGAGAAAACAAAAAACAAAAAUAGGAUACAAACCACUCGGAAAAAGAAAACAAAAUGAUCGAAAGAAAGAAAAGUGUUCAUCAUCCGUUCUGGCGUCUCGGGGGUACCUAGAUUUUGGUUGCGGGAUAUGUAUGUGUCGUCGGCGGUCAUACGUGUUGCCUGUAUUGAUUUUACGCAUGUGUAACCCUGUGGAUUGUGUGCUUGAUUUUUUUUUUUUUGGCGUUUGUCCGGCGAGCGAGUCCGACGGCCCUGGCGAUGCGGGAACGAGACUUCUUUCUGUCUUGUCUUCUAUUCUCUGUCUGUCGAGACUAGGAGCGCCUCGAUACGGUAGUACAAGUUCCGUUCUUACAAGUAUUUUGCCAAUUUCACUUGUACCCUUUUGCUUGCCUUGUGUCCUAUGAUUGUAACCUUUUCCAUACCCUUUGUACGCAUCGGGCUUCCGUGAAAAGUGUCGUGGCUAUCUCUGUUGGCGUGGAAGGAGGCAUUUCCUCCGUGCGGGUUGUGGCACCUUCGCCUCCUCUGCUCGUUUCCCUCCCAAGUUCCCCGUGCCUUGCCUCAGCGUUGAGAUAGCGCCGCACCCUUCUAGGUUGCUAUUUGGUUGACUGUGGGAGCACUACAUGAUCCAGCACACGUUGAAAAGUGGAUUGAUUUACCUUGGUUUCGAGAGUUUGGCACGGUACCUUUGCACUGACUGGCGUUUUGGCCGUUGGUGUUCGUGCUGUUGGUGGUCCUUUGAAUGUGCAUCUGGUAGGUUUCGAUGUUUUGGUUACGUGUUAUGUAGCGUAGGAUGGCCAUGGGUGGGUGCGUCACGUUCCUGUGCACGUGUUGUUGCUUUUUUUGGUCGGACCGCCUUCGCGAGAUUAACAAAUAUUUGGGGAAAUAGAACAGGAAGGGAGGACGUAGAUCCUCCUAACCCUAUCCCAACUUCCCCGAUUAUUUCCUAUUUGGAAAGUAAAGAUAUCUCACAGAAAGACUACCCGUU